AUGACAUCGAACGCGACAGCCUUAAUCAGAUUUAGGGCAAGGCCCUACGUUCUGUAUUCACUAAUUAUUCUCGUAGUAAUUAUACCAUUUGUACUUUACUUAGAUGUUAUCUCGCUUACAACUUUGAGUUCCCUUUUUACAAUUGAUGCCUCAGUAUGGCAACCUAAAGCGAUCGACUUUCCGGCUCAACUAAUCGAUAAGAAGCCAAGAAAAGGAGAAGUCAGUGAAUCUCCUCAAUUCAAAUGCACUUUUUCAGAAAUCCCUUCUGUUGUGUCCAAUAUCCUCAACUCCUCCCUCAUCCGGUCUAAUAGGAAAUUGGUGACUAUUCGAUAUGGAGCAGAGGAAAGGAAGCAACACGAAAAGCCGGUGAAAUUUUUACGAAGACCGGAAACAGCGCAUAUCGAAUGUGAUAGAGUUUUGCGCGAUGAAAAGGGAUACGUGGAGACGGUUGCAAAAAACCGCACAACAUUGGUCGUUCAUGACUUUGAUAUGACAUGUGCCGCUCUGCGAAAACGGAUAUUCCCUCCAAAAAGACUACGUCCACUGAAGUUUGGCAUUGCUUUCGCAAGGAUUGUAUAUGAGAGCUAUGAAUUCAUUGAGGAUGAGCUUAGAUCAAGUUAUCAUCAGCAGAACGUGUUCUGCUAUUCGAUCGAUAUCAAAGCUAGUGAACUCUUCAACUCUCGUAUUAAGAUGUUAGAAAAGUGCUUCCCAAAUGUUGUUGUCACCACCGUGAGCUUCGAUAUCAACAGUAGUGGAAGAUUUAUGAACCACGCGUACUAUGAAUGUCUUAAACUGCUAGUCGAUUUCCAAGGAUGGGGAUAUGUGCUGCUAAUGCAGAACUACGAUGUCAUGAUAAAGACGGUAUACGAGACUGUUGCAAUCCUCAACACAUUAGAAGGCGCCAAUGAUGUCCACAUUAGACCUUGUGAGGAUUAUCGGUGGGAUCACUCAGCGAAAUGGGAUGCACGCUCAUUGAAACUUUAUCGUAACGAGACACUGGCUACACCAAAACAACUAAAUGCUACGUUAACGAUGGCAAGAGGUGCUGUACAUGCCUCAUUAUCACGUGCUGCAGUCGAAUGGAUGGUGAACACUGUUGACCUGACCGUGCUUCUUGAUCAACUUAACACUGGUAAGCACGGAAUUGAUGAGGUUCUAAUCCCGACUCUUCAAGUGAGCGAAAUUUUCGACAUGCCUGGCCGAUUCACGGCGGAAUGCGUGAAGAAAGGACAUGUUAUAGGUUUCAUAACGAGAAUAGAGAUAUGGGCUUACGAUAAACUCACAAGCAUGUGUGGCUCUAAAAAGUUCCGUCAUGCUGUUUGUAUAUACGGUAUCGAAGAUCUCUCUUGGCUCUCUAGGCAUCCGAAGAUUAUAGCAAAUAAGAUGAUGUCAAACUUCGAUUACUCCAUUGUUGACUGCAUGCAUGAGCUCAUAUUCAAUAGAACCCAUCUUGGACAGGUCAACGAUGCACUAAACCUUACCAUUUACGAAAAGCAGCCAUAUGUACGUUAUCACAAAAAUCGAAUUCGGCCCGAUCCAAAAUUCAAGCUCGAUUGCAGUUUCGGAAUCUGA